ACCCUCCUUUUUUCUCAUUUUCUCAGAGCGGAAGUGUUGAACUGCGGUGUUUAUCUUUAUGCGCAGUGCAGCUUUAUCACCGGGUUCUGGGUUUGAUACACUACAGUAAUGCUGUGAACAUUUUCACACAGCCGGUAAAAUGCGCUGGGACGCGGUGAGUACAGGGCUGCGGGGGGUUUCACAGGCCGUGUCUGAGCUGGAGUUUAGCGGCGGGAUCGCGCUGGUGGUCGCGGUGUCCUCCGCCCUGAGUAUCGCUUCCGGUUACCUGCAGCUCUCCCCCCAGCUCCUCAGCCUGGACUCCAACCUGCUGCUCAGCCUCCACGUCCACAAACUCAUCACAUACAGCUUCUACCAUAAGGGUUUGGGGCACCUCGUCAUUUGUGUUGGUGUGCUGGUGUUCUUCUGCAGCGGUUUAGAGAAAGGAGUUGGAACGGUGCGUUUUCUACACCAGCUCCUCCUUCUCUCCACCUGUGUUGGCUUACUGCACGUCCCCCUGGAGCUGCUGCUGUUUUCUCCAACAUCCAGGAGCUCUGUUUCUGGCCUAAUCCCAGUUUCUCUUGCUGUACUGGGCAUGGUGACCAUCAGUUCUCGCAUGCGGAAGGCGCUGCUGAUGGGUGUAAAUGUGCCUACUGCAACUGUUCCCUGGCUCCUACUGCUUUUGAUCACGCUCUUCAUCCCAAACACUGUGCUCCUCUGCAAUGUUAUGGCGGUAGUAGUAGGAGAGAUGUAUGGUAUGGGAUGGUUUUCACUGUUGGAAAUGUCCGAGUCUAAAGCAUGCGUGCUUGAGAAGAAAAUGCCAUUCAGGUUGCUGAAGAAGAUCCCAUGUGUGCAGUUUGUUCCUGCAUCUGCCGAGGAGCGAAAAAAGACCCUACAUGCAGUAUGUAACCCUCCGCCAGGCUCAUACCCUGUUCAGGCCUAUGCUCCAGCACCGAUGUCCCCUCCUCAAGCUCCAGGAAGUCUACCCAGCAGUCUAGACGGCUGGCCCUACGCAGCCUGCGCUCAGCAGAACUACACGGUGCCUUCACCGUACUCUGGGUAUGGUAUCGGGCACAGUGUUGGAUCUAGCCACGGACACAGCCAUGGUGGGCAUGCCUGUGGGCAUUCUCAUGGACACAGUCAUCAGCAUCAGACCAGCAGUUCUUGGACUCCAGUGGCUUCCCAUGCCCAUUCUCAUUUCAGCCCUCCUGUAAACAUGGAUGCACAGUCUUUUGUUAACCUGCCACAGGUAACGGUACAGUCAGGCUCUCAAUCUCCUCACUUACAGACCCUCUCACAGCCUGCUGCUGCUGCUUCUGUGCUGCCUUCUGGACCUACCAGCUAUGGACAUUAAAUCUGAACAGAAACCUGAAGCCCUGGUUCUUCUCCUCAGUCCUGAGCAGGACCUUCUCCAACUCAGGUUUCAGGUUACAGAUUUCUCAGUUAUUAACAAAAAAUUUGGCAUAAGUUAAUUCUCUGUUUUUUAUGCAAGUACUGUCUUGCUUUUUUAAUCUAAAGCCUGUUUUGUAUUUCUAGUUGAAUUUUUAAAAACACUUUAUUGCUGGUUGGAAGUGAUAUGUGACUGAAAAGGUUAAAGUACAGUUACUACAGGUGCUUCUGCAUUUAUAAAGUGUUUUUUUUUUUUUUUUACAAAUUAGUUUAUAUUCCUUUUUAAAGUGGGGGUAUAUUACAAAAGAGGAUUUCUGAGUUCUGUGUGCAGAUAUACAGUCAAAUCCAUACGUUCUGUCUUUUUGGGCUCAAAAUUAUGCGAAAAUGUAUUUAUGAACAGUUUUAUGGAUAGGUGUGGCCUGUUUUCACAUUAUACAGUGACAAAUUGGAACAAUAUAUUCAAUUAAAUUUUAUUCAAUUCAAUUUUAUUUCUAUAGUGCUUUUUACAACAAAGGUUGUCACAAAGCCGCUUUACAGGAAAAACAGGUCCACGCCUCUUAUGAGCAGCACCACAGAGAUGCCGAUUUUAUGGUGACACAGUGGCAAGAAAAAACUCCGUUUAAGAGGAAGAAACCUUGGAAGGAACCAAGACUCAGUCCGAGGAACCCAUCCUACUCGGGUCGACCCGCUCAGUACAAACAAAUAACAAACAACAAACAAAUAACAGAACAAAACAGUACAGAGAAUUAAUGUGAACUAUGGCUAAUAUAACAGGUACUAAUUUAUGAAUAUAAAUUAAAAACUAUAGAGCUAUGGCUAAUACAGAAACAGAUACUGAGUGUGUUAAUGGUAAUCAGAACUGGAGUUAAUUCUAAAUGUGCACUUAGUAUUUGUUCAUAGGAACUUUCAAAAUCCGGCCCAAAGUGAUGAUAAUGUAAGCAAGGCCUAGAAAAAAAAACAUAAAGGCAAAACAAACCUAUAAGUAAGAUUGUAGAAAGUACAGGAGUAUUUAGUUUAAUCUUCAAAGACAGUACUGCACUGGCAAACAUCAGCCACGUCAGAAAACCAAGAAUACCUCUAAAGCCCCUUUUUAAGGUUAAUAAUCGCAGAAUUCACCGAAUUUCGCUUACACAAAGUGCAUUUAGUCUGGUCAAGAACAUUCUAGAGGAGGUUGGCACAUCAUUGUCAAAGUCAAAUUCAAGCCAUGUCACACAAUUUGUCUUUGGAUAGAUAAAAACAAGAUUAACUAGUGUAUGGGAAAGCAAAGGAAGGGUUCAUAAUCUGAACUGAAGCACACCAAGUCAUCUAUCAAACAUGCUGACAGCACUGUUGCAGCAUGGGCUUACAUGGCUGCAAGUGAAACUGGGUCACUGGUGUUUACUAUUAGAUGUGUCAACUAAUACAAGCAGCAGGAUGGAUUCUGAAGUGUAUAGAGCUUAAUGCUGAGCAACACUACACUGUAUAUAUGUAUAAUUGCCCAAAAAAGCAGAAAGAGCAAAAAGUGUCUCAAGCCAAAGAAAUGUAAUGUUUGUUAAUGGCCGAGUCAGCCACCUGGCUUUAACCCACUUGAACAUGAUUUUCAUUAUAAAUAAACUUGACUGUGUAAGUCUCA